GUACCCUUUGCAAUGACCUGGUCCAGUACCGCUUUUGGACCCGAUGGACCAUGGCAAGCAGUACAAGUCAACAUUGGAAGCCCAUCCCAACAAGUUGCUCUCUACCCUGCAGGAACUUUUCGAUCGCACUUGUUGACUCCACGAAUUUGUUCCAACAUUACUUUGUCACCGGAUACUUGUUACGCCUCCGCGGCUGGCCUAUACGCUGUCGAGAGUUCUACCACCGCUGUAGACACUGCUAUAAGCGUCCCAGCAGCUAUCGAUUAUACGCAUGGUGGGCUUCAAGUUCAGGGGACACCAGGAAUAUCUGUUUUGGAUCAGAUCAAUAUUGGGGUGGCGAUCGGCUCCGGCAACACGAUCGUUGUGCCAAAUGUAACUAUUGGCGUGUACGACGAUGUCGCUACGGUCUAUCCUAGCGGUUCCUUAUAUGGACUACAAGUAGGAACACUAGGCUUGGGCUAUCUGGGCACUGUCAACCAAAGCUUUACACAACUAGGCUUACCCAGCAUCAACGGAAGCCUCAUACCAGGCUAUCUAGAAGCGGCAAAUCUGGCCCCUUCAAACACUUUCGGAUUGCAUAUUGGGUCUGCAAAUCUGAAGAUCCAAGGUUCUCUGUACUUCGGCGCGUUUUUAGGAAUUGAGCCUGUCGAUGACGGGAAAAUAGGACUCAUCGAUUUGCUCGAUAUCACAAUCAACGUAAUCGACGGCUCUUCUCCGUUCAAUACGUCAACGAUAAACAACCUUCUUGCUGCUGGAAAUUCUUCAAUUGGUCCUGCUCUGCCAGUUCCGUUACUUCCAGAGGCCCCCUACCUAGACUUGCCAAAAAGUACUUGCGAUGCUAUUGCUGCUUGGCUUCCACUGACAUACAACGCUGACCUUGGAUUGUACACCUGGAAUACCAACGACCCACAAUACAGCCAGAUUGUCACUUCUCCUUCUGUCCUCGGUUUCGUCUUUCGCAAAGACCAGACGAAUACGGAGAAUCUGACAAUCAACGUGCCAUUCAUGCUCCUCAACUUAACCCUCGAACCACCUCUAGUUUCGAAGACGAUCCCCUAUUUCCCUUGCAAUGCGCAAUCCAAUGGUAGAUAUUCUUUGGGUCGAGCCUUUCUACAAGCAGCAUUUGUAGGAGCGAACUGGAAUGCCAACAACAACCAAGGUGUAUGGUGGCUUGCUCAGGCACCUGGUCCAAACACAGUCUCACAGAGUAGUGUUGAAACCAUUGGUGACCAAGAUUCGUCGAUAGCAUCAUCCUCUGAUGACUGGGCGGAUAGCUGGAAAGGAAUAUUGAUACCGUUGAAUAGCCAGUCAGCCAACACAACGGCUUCAAACACCACAUCUUCUUCGAACACCACAUUGUCUUCAAAAACCACAUUGUCUUCAAAAACCACAAAUACAUCUCAUGAGCUCUCUGUUGGGGCAAAGGCUGGUAUUGGCACAGGCGGUGCUGUCUGUGGUCUCUUGAUGAUAUCCUUAUGCGCGUGCCUCUGCCUCAGAAAGCGUAGCAGCGACCAAGAGCCAUCUUCU